AUGAAAAAUUCUCGUUUAAUGGUUUGUUCAAAAAUGGAGAGUGAAAAUCAAACAAAUAAACUAGUAAAUCUAUCACAUUUUUUAUUACGUAAAAUAAUUUGUUUUGUAGAUGAAGAUAUUGAUCGAAUAGUUUUCAGUUUGGUUUGCAAGAGAUGGUUCAACGAUCGACAUAGCUAUCUAAUAUUCAAUAAGAUCAGUAUUGCUGGAAUUGAUAAUAUCGAAAUCAAACGAAAUCAUGAACACUUCAAACUACCAUCCUAUGAUAACAUCUUUUUAAAGACUAUUCAAACAAAAAGUAAUUGUUCAUUGUUGAUCGCUGAUCCAAUGACAGAUUUACUUAAUUUUAGGCAUUAUGAUUUUAUUGUAAAAAAUGAUCACUUCAAAUAUCUUUAUCGUUUGUUAUCGGAAUCACAAUCGGUCACAUCUUUUUUGGGAUGUAGUUCAUUGGAACAAAAGCUACCAAACUCUAUAAAGACAUUGGAACUCACGAACAACUUUAAAGGAACUCUUACAAAAGAAUCGAUGCCUGAUUGCUUAGAACUUCUCUUUUUUAGAAAUGGAUUCACUCAGAGGAUUGAACCUGGUGUGCUUCCUGAGGGUUUGACAGAGAUUACUUUCUCUGGUGAAUACGAAUGUGAAUUUACACCAGGAGUAUUCCCUUCAACUCUAAGAGUUCUUAACAUUGAGAGUUACAGAUUACCACUCCAACCUGGAGUCCUGCCAAACAAGCUUGAGAAAUUAGAAUACUCUGGUGCUAGAACUCAUUUGGGUGCAGGUGUAUUGCCAUCAUCACUCAAAAUCAUCGUUAAUGUAUCACCUUCUUGGAUUCCAGAGCUAACUACACUAUCCAACCUCGAAGAACUCUUCCUGAGAGACGACCCACUAUAUCGCGAGCUACUGACUCUCAACAUGUCUCAUCUACCUUCUUCACUGAAACUAUUGCACUUUGAUCGGCCGCAUCCAUUGGUAGGAACAAUGCCCAACUCAAUUCAAAUUCUCAAUUUUAACAAGUGUCCAUUCAAAUACGAUGAAUUGUUUCCAUCUUCAUUGCAAUAUCACCUUACAACAUUGAAAUACUAUAAUAAUAUGGGAAUAGAUCAAAUUCCACCAAAUGUAAGAGUGGAUCGAUUGGAACAUUUUAGAAAUAAUAUUACCAAUAUCUAUUAUAGAGGUAUUGGUACAUUUAAUAAGGACUUUACAAUCAGAAAGCUAAAUGAUCAAAGUUAUUUGGUAUAUGGCUCUUCCAACGGAUAUCUAUAUGUUAAAAUGUUUAAUCAAAAAGAUUUAAGCAAUCUAAUAUCGAUUAUUACAAAACAUGAUAAAUAA